UUGAACUUCCAGUAUCUUUACAUUGUUUUUCAUUCAAAAUGGAGAAUUCUUUUAGUAUGAUAAAAGAUGAUGAUACUGAUGAAGAAUGGUCAAGUUUUUGUUCCUCUUGUAAGUUUGUUUUGCAAUCCACACAUAGCGUGGGUGUACCGUCUAUUUUAGACGAAACAAUCGAUGAACUAACAAUAGAAAAUCUUAGUACAAUAACUGAGGAAAUAAACAAUUUUGACCAAAAAAGAAAAGUUGUAUCUGAUGCCGCGGAACAUGGAAUGGCAUUAACAAAACUUAAUAAUUUAAAUAACAGAUCUCAAAAGAAAAUGAAUUGCACUAUUAAAAAUGUUUCAGAAUAUCAUAGAAAAAUACUGAAGAUUACUAAAUCAAUAUUGUAUCUUAGUAAUUGCAUUGAUGUAAUGCGUGAAAUUAUACUUCAAGAAAUUCAUAAGAAACAAUUUGUUAAAAAGGCAGAAAGCUACUAAUAAUGAUAAUA